ACUCGGCUGGCAAAGAUGGCGGACGCACAAGCUAUUUAUGGCAUUUACAUUGACAAGAAAUGCCCCUUAACUGGAAAUCUCUCCAUCUGUGGUCGUAUCCUCUCCGGCGUGGUGACCAAGAUGAAGAUGCAGAGGACCAUCGUCAUCAGACGUGACUACCUGCAUUACAUCCGCAAAUACAACCGCUUUGAGAAGAGGCACAAGAACAUGUCGGUUCAUCUCUCACCUGCCUUCAGGUAAGAGGAUCUCUGUCAUACUGU